CAGGCAUGGAAAUCUUCACAAACAACAAUAAAUUUUUCGAACAGCUUGAGACCAAACAGAAAUUAGAAGAAAUUGAAAGUCAGAAGGCUAUUAAUCUCGCCGAAAUUGAAAGUCAGAAUGCUAUUGAUCUCGCCGAAAUCGAACGUAUAAAGAAUUUACUAAAGAAAAUACAAGAAUACAGAAACGCAAUUUGGAAGAUAGUGAAAGAGGAUGAAAACGCAGUUUACGAAUCGGAAGAAAGUGAUUUGGAUAAAGAUGACGAAAUUAGGAGUCUCGCACAGGAAGAAGUAGAAAUUCGCAAUAAAUUGCUUGGUAUCUUAGUUGAAUACCAAAAUAAAGAUAAAGAAUCAGGAGAGGAUUACAUGACUUCA